AUGAAUGAGGCUAUUGGACUUUCAAAUUCGUCAGAAAGCAAUGGUAUUACCUAUCAGCAGUACGGUAGUACACAUUGUAUUUAUGUUUUUGCUUUGACCAAUAGUGGGGAUGACCAAGGAGGAUUAUUUGAUUUAAUAAAGAACGGGACAACUGCCAUUAAUAUUAAAUUCAGUCAGCCUGUUCCCGAUGGAGGAAUUAUGCUUGUAGCUAUGGGUGAAGCGGAUUCAUUGAUUAUUCUAGAUAAAAAUCGCACUAUUGCCAGUGACACUACUAUAUAA